AAUAAGCAAAGGUUAGAAUGGAAGUUUCAAACCCAAGUUGGCAAUGUAUCCCUCUAAAGCCUGCAAAAAACAAAAAGGGAUUUGUUAUAGGUAUUACUUUUGUCAGCAAAAACCAUCCACAGAGAUAUAAUUAAUACCCCUUUUCUGAGUGUUAUCUAAAGUAAUGAUCUUUUACAACCCACAAUGAGGAAGGAUUUCUGGGGGCUUUUCACAUCAACAACCCGUGAGAGAGGUGUGGACUAUUACUGAUAUGAAAUUUAUAAAGGCUGGAGCAACCCGGAGCCUCUCCUGCUUUACCGGAGGUUUGACAAGGAAAGUUCUCUUUCUUUUUUGAUUAUUAUUGAAAGGGCUCUUUUGUAGGUUAUUUCCAAUGGAGAUUUCUUCCAUUAGCGGAUUAAGUGAACUGGAAAUGGAGGAACCCAGCUUCAUAGACCAAUGGCCCAUGAACUCCAUUGAUGAUCUGAGCAUAUUACCGCUAGUAGCUGCAUUUGGGGAGAACAUGCAGCAUUCUUUAUCUCAUCACCCAAGUUUCAACCUCAAAACCUCCAUGGAAAUUUCUCCUACAGGCAUUGUUAGACCCUCAAAGCAACUGAAACCAAAUGGCUUCAAUUCAAGCAAAACUACAGAUUAUAAUUUGUCAAACCCACAAGUUGCUUUUUCCCCAAAUAUUCUUUCCUUUGGCAAUUCCACCAACCAGAAUCAAAUGGGAAUAGUGAAGCCUAAGGAGGAGGCUGUUUGUUCUAAAAGCAUCAAUACCCUCCCUUCUGAUAUACUGGCUUCUCCAGGCAACCAAAACUAUAUGUUUAAGGCUUGUCAGGGAGCCAAGAGGAUCAGUGACAACAGCAGCAGGCAUUCUCAAACCCAGGAUCACAUCAUAGCAGAAAGGAAGAGAAGAGAGAAGCUAAGCCAGAGAUUCAUAGCUUUGUCUGCUAUAGUUCCUGGCCUCAAGAAGAUGGAUAAGGCUUCUGUUCUUGGGGAUGCUAUCAAGUACUUGAAACAAUUGCAAGACAGAGUCCAGACACUUGAGGAGCAAACAAAGAAAAAAGCCAUGGAAUCUGUAGUCAUUGUGAAGAAAUCUCAGCUCUUUUGUGAGGAUGAAAGUUCUUCCUCAGAUGAGACUUUCUCCAAAGGCCCUGUCGAUGAGCCUCUGCCGGAAAUUGAAGCAAGAAUCUGCGACAAAGAAGUGCUUAUAAGAAUUCACUGUGAGAAAAGGAAAGGAGUUCUGGAGAAAACUAUAGCAGAAAUUGAGAAACUUCACCUUUCAGUGGUCAAUAGCAGUGUUCUAACAUUUGGGAGUUCUGCUCUUGAUGUUACAAUCAUUGCUGAGAUGGAUAUGGAAUUUGGCAUGUCAGUGAAGGAUCUUGUGAAGAAUCUACACUCAGCUUUCAAGUUAUUCAUGUGAAGAAACCCCAAGUAUUUUCAGUUCUUAUAAUAUGCAAGAAUCUCUUAUUUAAGUUCUAUGCUUCUGCUGGAAAGUUUGAGAGAUGCUAGAAAUAAGUCUCCUAUAUAUGUACACAGUUACCAUAGACAAGGCCUGGAAUGCUCCACCAUUUUAGAUCAUUACUUGUAAGCUUGUUUUGCUGUGAGGUUCAUUUUGCAGGAGGGUUUUUUUUUUUAAGAAAAAAAAAAGUUUUUCUAAUCAUUUUUGCAUGAUUAGAAGAACACCCACCUGUUUUAAAACAGAUCUUACAGCUUGUUUGGGCUUUUUUUUUUCCUAGUGGGAGGUUGAGAAGUCAGCUGAACAUGCUAGGUCCCUUUCCUACCCAAGGUGGUUGAACAGGGUUUUUUAUUGGUGUGUAGACAAACAGGCCUUUGUUAUUGCUCUGUUAUGUGUUUGUUUGGUCAGUGUUUUGGAGGCAAAUAAAAUAUUUUCGUGCCUUUUUUUAAUAAUUCCUUUGUAAUUUUCUAGUGGUUUGUGUCGUUUUGGUUGACAUUAAUGGAAUAAUAUUGACUUUGCUAAA